GCAAGUAAUAAGGCCCACAUAGGCCCACUAGAUUGUCUAGCGCUAACACUCCCACUGAUACAAUACAAUCGUCUUCCCAGUUUCUUCUCUCACAUAACUUGCGGAAAACACAGUAACAUAACCGCAUCAAGUUCAAGUAAUUCCUUCAAAUGGAGAGCGAUGUGGAAGAAUCCAUGAGAAAGAGGCAACGAAAAAACCCAUUCUCCGGCGAAUACUCUCGCAAGCAGUUUGAACAAUAUGCCGAACGACCAUAUGGAGCUAUGGGGGAUGUGAAUUUUAUACAAGAGGAUGAUAAUCGGUUGGAGAUUACACGAGCCAAAUUCGGAAGUUUGCUUAAAAGACAUGGAGAUUUGGCAGAGCGUAUUUCUAGGGAUUCUGACAAGAUAGCAUUUGAGCGUCUACAGAAAGAAUUCGAAGCUGCACGAGCUUCUCAAACUGAAGAGAUAUAUUUAGAUGGGGAGCAGUGGAAUGAUGGUCUACUAGCUACAAUAAGAGAGCAGGUGCAUAUAGAGACAGACAGAAAAGCAAUGUCUGGGGACACUGACAUAUUAACAAGCCCUCAGGAAAAAAUUACUUACAAAACUGGAAACAAGGUAAUUUGCUGUUUGGAUGGGGCAAGAAUUGGCAUACAGUAUGAGACAUCUUUUGCUGGUGAAUCUUGUGAGUUUUACCACUGUGUACUGGAGAGCAAGUCUUUUCUUGAAAAGAUGACUGUCCUUGAGCACACACUUCCAUAUUUCUUGCCAAUACAUGAAAUAGAAAAUGAUCUUCUUUCAUCCAAUGCUAUGAAAUUCAUAGAUCAUGUUGGAGAUCUAUUGCAAGCAUACGUGGAUAGACGGGAACAGGUCAGACUUAUAAAGGAACUUUAUGGAAAUCAAAUUGGAGAGCUGUAUCAUAGCCUUCCUCAUCACAUGAUCGAGUUUGUAUUGGAAGAUUUUGAUUGCAAAGUGACAGUCAGCCUUCGAUAUACGGAUCUCAUUUCGGUGCUUCCAACUAGAGUUACAGUGCUAGCCUGGCCAAUGUUGAAUAAAAAUUCAACUACAACUUUGAACCGGAUGGAAGAUGGAGUCUCGGGAAAUCAUCCUCUCCCAGUUCGACUAUCCUAUGCAGAAGAUGCCUUACGGACUAUGAGUCUACCAGAAGCAUAUGCAGAAAUUGUAUUGAAUCUUCCACAAGCUCUUCAACAGAUGUACCAUUAAAUAACUUAAGGGCUCUUGCCCUUUCAGCAGUCUAGAUUCUCUUGUAAAAUAUUUCUUGGUAGAAUGUUACUAGGUUGAGGAAAAAUAACUCCAGAAGUUAUAGUACCUAUUGAAAUUGGUUAUAGGUUGAGGAUUCAGUUUUCUGUAAUAUGUCAUAUGCCAAAUAUUGUCCCCUCGUUAUUCCUUCAAUAUCCUCUAGCAGUGUCUUGUAUCAUUUGUACAACAGGGCUAUGUUGACUUCUAUUGAUUAUUGACUAUUGACACAAUCUAUAUACAUGUAAUUUGGAUUCAUAAGAUAA